AUGCGGGCGAGCGUGCACGCGUCCGGCGGUCUCCUCAUCCUCACGCUCGCCGCCGUGCUCGAGCCCGAGUGCGCACGCUCCGCCGCCGCCGUUGGCCACCGCCACCACCAAGCGACACCGGUGAGUUGUUCUUUUCCUGAGACAAAAAAGAGAAUCAGACUUCCUCACGCCCACAAUCUCCUCAAAGAUGUCGCUCUGUCCAAUGGUAUCCGGAGGCCGGGCAGGCGUCCACGCUGCGGAGUUCCCGACUUCCCCGACGGCCGGCAGCAACGUCUUCUCCCGCUGGGACACCGGCGCAGGCGCUUUGUCCUCUAUGGCGGACGCCUGGACAAGAAUGAGCUCACCUACAGGAUUGUACGCUUCCCCUGGCAGCUGGGCGAGGAGAAGGUGCGGCGCGUGUUUCGGGAAGCUCUGAAGAUUUGGAGCGACGUGACGCCACUCACCUUCACAGAGGUCCGUGCGGGCAAAGCCGACAUCCGCAUCGACUUCACCAGGUACUGGCACGGAGACAGCCUCCCGUUCGACGGCCCAGGCGGGAUCCUGGCUCACGCUUUCUUCCCCAAGACUCAUCGCCAAGGAGAUGUUCACUUUGACUACGACGAGGCCUGGACACUCGGGAACCACAUGGGCACGGACCUUCUCCAGGUGGCGGCUCAUGAGUUCGGCCACGUCCUGGGCCUGCUUCACUCGGAUGAACCCGGGGCAAUCAUGUCCGCCUACUACUCCUUCUCGUACCCGCUUGAGCUGAGUCACGACGACCGACGUGGGAUCCAGUUCCUGUACGGGCGGCGUCCCGAGCCGCCAUCUCCCACACCCCCUCCGCUGCCUCCCCGUAAAGAGACCAAUGAGAUUCUCUUGCAUCCCGAUGCGUGCCUGACGGACUUUGAUGCGGCGUCUGUCAUCCGCGGCGAGCUUUUCUUUUUCAAAUCGGGGUAUGUGUGGCGCAUCCGCGACGGGCGUCUGGAGAGCGGCUAUCCGGCGUUGGCCUCGCGCCACUGGCGAGGGAUCCCCGACAACGUGGAUGCCGCAUUUGAAGACGAGGCCGGCAACAUUUGCUUCUUUCAAGGUAACAGUUACUGGGUGUUCGACACCGAGAUGCGGGUGCGAGGGCCCGAGUCUGUCCAGGCGCUGGGCCUGCCGGCAACGGGCGUGAAGGCGGCGCUGCGCUGGGGUCGCGACCCGGACUUCAACACCUACUUGUUCGGCUCGGGCGGAUACUGGCGCUAUAGCCCGCGACGCAACCGCCUUGAGUCUCCGUACCCGAGAGCAAUGAGCGACUGGGGUGGGAUUCCCGCCGAUGUGGAUGCUACCUUCCGAGACGCUUACGGCUACGCCCAUAUCAUCCGUGGACGCCAGUAUUGGAAAUUGGACCCUGUGAGUAUGAACUCCCUGGAGGGUUACCCUCGCUACGUGGGCGUCGACUUCUUCGGCUGCGGAAACGUGUGA